AUGGCGGAAUCGUCGACGGGAGACGCAACGGCAGCAAACGCCGCCGAUACUCUGAGGCUGGAAUUAGAGAAGACACUAACGGAGUUUCUCGAAGACGGAAGAGUCAGCAAAGAUCGCAGCGACACUGACGGAAGUUUCAACGCCUUGAAAUCGAUUGACGAGUCGAUCGGAAUCCUGAAUCGCCUGAGGGAAGUAGAAUCAAAGAAGCCGGAAUCUGAGAUCUCUUCGUCUUCUCCGGCUCCGAUUCCCAAAGUGCCGGACGAGUUUAGAUGCAGCCUCUCAACUAAUAUCAUGAGCGAACCUGUAGUCAUCGCUUCUGGGCAGACUUUUGAGAAAAGAUACAUCAAAGAGUGGCUGAUUUCUAAGCAGACAUGUCCCAAAACGUUUCAAGUCCUCUCUCAUCGUUUAUGGGCACCGAACGAUUUAAUCGACGAUUUGAUCAAGCAAUGGUGUCAAGUCAACAACUUUGACCGGCCAAAGCCCUUCACUGACGACACAGACUCGUUGCUUAACCGGAUCUCAUCUCCUUCCUCAGUGGAAGAUCAGAUUUCAGCUGCAAAGGAGCUUCGCCUCCAGAGCAAGUUAUUUGGCAGUGUCAGGGCCUUCUUUGCCGCCGGAGAUACCAUCGCUCAGUUGCUCAGUCCGAUCUCUGAUUCUGAUGUUGCGGUUGACUCGAAUCCGAAGCUUCAGAAGAAUAUCAUCACAACAUUGCUCAACAUCUCGAAGCUGGAGCAGAACAAGACGCUACUCGCUGAAAACCCUCUUGUGAUCACUCUGCUCACAAAGUCUCUGAAGCAAGGGGAAGUGAAGACUCGGAGAAACGCUGCACAGGCUUUACUUUCGCUCUCGUCUGUUGAUUCCAACAAGAUCGUCAUCUGCAACGGAGAAACGCUCAAGACUCUGAUGGAUGUUAUCAAAGAUGGUGAAUUCUCAGUCAGCAGACUAGCAGUUUCAGUUGUUUCUCACCUCUGUAGACUACCGGAGAACAAGGGAAAGGCGGUUUCAGCUGGUUUGAUUCCAUUGCUGACGGAUAAGAUCAGAGCAGGAGGGAGUUCGACUCUGGAGUUAGGUGUCUUGGCGUUGAUGUCCACACACGAAGGGGUGAUUGAAGAAAUGGAGGGUCUAGGGUUUAUCGAUCAUGUGUUGAGUAUCUUGAGGGAAUCGAGAGGCUUAGAGACUCUGGACAACGCUUCAGCGAUCGUUUCUUGUUUGUUGACCAAGAAGACGGGGGAUAGAAACAGGGGGGACAGAAGCAGAGAAAGGAAUAGAGUGAGAGUGGUCGAUGAAGAGGAGAAACUAUACGGGACGUUUACGAGGCUUGCGGAGGAAGGAACAGAUGUUGCAGUGGAAAGAGCAAAAGAGAUUUUACACAGGAUUAAGAGAAGGUACUGA